UUGUAAAGGUUACACACAUCUCGAGAAUCUGCUCACGCACCACAACCGGCAGUACACUAGCCCAGCGACCAUCGCCCUCCGGAUUUCAUCGAGCAUUGACAAUGGCUACGGUCAGAAAUCUGAAAAUCAAGACAUCUACUUGCAAACGCAUACUGAAGGAGCUCCAUUCCUAUGAGAAAGAGGUUGAGAGAGAAGCUGCUAAGACUGUUGAUAUGAAGGAGAAAGGCGCCGAUCCCUAUGACCUCAAACAGCAGGAAAAUGUGCUGGCUGAAUCCAGAAUGAUGGUCCCUGAUUGUCGCAAGCGCCUGGAAGGAGCACUAGAGGACCUUAAAGGAACUCUGGUUGAGUUAGAGGAGACAGACGAAAAACAAGGCCCUGAAUUUGAAGAAGCUCGAAACAUAAUAGCAGAUGUUGAGAAGUUGUUUGAAUCUUCUGAAGUUUAAAGCUCUUCGUCUUGUCCAUUAGACUGUGCUACACUACUGUUAUAACUAGAGAACUCUUCGUGCUGCCUGAUGAGCUUCUGUCGUGCAAUCGUGUGGGUACAUUCUUGUGUUAUAUAAAACCCGCUGGGAUAGAGCUCAUAUAUCAAAUAUCAUGUGUUUAUCACUAAAACAAGGCUACAAAAUCAACAUUGAACUAAGAGUUUUGUGAUCGUCUUAAGUUUGUUCACUUUCAAUCAUGUGAAUCUUUUGCGUGACCUGUCGAUCAAUGAAGUGACUCUUUAUUUUUUUGGGUU